AUGCCCCCCAACAAGCCCACUACAUUCCGAGUAACCCGCAGCCGCUCUGCGCUCAACAAUGCACCUCCUUUAAUGCUCAUGGGCUUUGGUAACUACCCAGACCAGGUACCUCUCCCCGCGGACCCUGAGGCCUUGACCGCCGAAGAGGUUAUAAUAAGGAACGGUGGAAACCCAUUCCCACCCCUCAGGUCGCAUCAAAAUCAAGCCCCUGCUCCAGUUGCUCCAGUUGCUCCAGCCGCUCCAGUUGCUCCAGCCGCUCCAGUUGCUCCAGCCGCUCCAGCUUCUUCUUCCUCUUCCUCUUCCUCCUCCUCUUCUUCUUCUCCAGCUGCCUCUCCCCGAGCAUCUCCCUCACCAGAUGCUUCUCCCUCUCCAAAUGCUUCUCCCUCUCCUCAACCAUCUCCUCCUCCUGAGUUUCCUCCUCCUCCACCACCUCCCCCUCCUACUCCUAUUCCGUCAUCUCCGGCUCCGUCUCCCACUAAUGCGUCGUCUCCAACUAUUCCUUCCACUGCUGCAGUUUCUCCAGUUAGUUCUCCUCAAAGAGCCUCUCCAGGUCCAGGUUUACCCCCAGCAACCCCUGAUGGCAUUUUUGGAAAUUCAUCUCCAGACAUGUAUGCAAGAUCCCCAGGCCUUGAUAGCUUAUCUAUUUCACCCUAUGCUUCAGCUUCUCCAGCUAGUCCUUUCGCACAAGGCACUCCAAGUUAUCAGGGAUCAACCCCUCCUCACACUCAUGGACCAUCCCUUCCAGACAUGUUCAUUUCAUCACCUCCUCGUUCGAUUCACGGCGGUAGCAGUGGUUAUAAUCCGUCAAGCGGAACAUCUGCUUCAUCGAGUUCAUCUGGCUCCUCAGAUGAGAAUUUGCCCAGUCCGUCAGGUUCGAGAAGAAGUCACCAUAGUAGCGAUAACGAUGAUGGCGCGAACGGAGGAUAUUUCAAUCCGGGCAAUUCGCCUAGCUCUUCGGGCGAUCAAGAGGAUGGGUCGGACGAGCCUGAAGUGCGUUCACCUGAGCCUUCUAACAACGCUGGUUCCCCAGGAGAUAACCCUUGUAAUGACGACCCUAACUUGAGCAGUGACAACAACUUUCCUGAAUCACCAUCGAACGACAAUGCUCAACCUGUGGGGGGUAGCAACCCGCGGCAUGUCUCUCCUGAAACUCCGAUAUUGACUUCGUCUUCCGGCGAUAGUCCGCGUUCUCAGUCUGAUGAUGUCGGCCCAGCCGCAGCCAUGGUUGCUAAUAAUGCACCUUCAAAUGCGCAUAACAUCCGACUGAACAACGGCCUCCCGUCGUUUUCUGUCGGCCAGGGCGCUCCGGGGAUCGCACCUCUGAUCUUUGACUCGAAUGAUAAUGGUAUCCCUGUUGGUAACAAUGAUUUUCGCAUUGGCCCACCAGUAACCCUCUACCGUUCUACUAUAGUAGACGGAUUCUCAACCAGACCCAAUAAUCUAGGCAACCGCUCAUUUCGUCCCGCAAAUUUGAUGCUUCCAGGUCCAGAUCCGGGCCUGAAUAUAGAAAUCACAUCAGACGACCAAGCAGACGACCUCCCGGUUUAUGAUAUCAAACUCUCGUUUAACAUCAGUGAAGACAGUAAGGGUGAGGAAGAUUCGGCCCAGGGUGCCCAGCAUCCUAAUCCUUUGUUCGACACUUCUUAUAGCUGUUCAGGAAGCUCGUCCCGGAAGUAUCGUCGUUCUACCGAUACUGACGACGAAGGUUAUGCCCAUGACGCAAAGCGACGUAACUUGUCGGCAUCGAGUAACGCGACGGUUCAGACUUCGACAAUCACGCACAAAUCUGCAGUAACGCCUCAGGGAUCUCAGAAUUCUUUUGCUUCAUCUUCAAACCAAGGAAGUUCUUUACAGAAACAUCGUCGUUCCGACAAUGACGACUAUGGCAAUACUCGUGAUACAAAGAAACGAUGUUUUUCGAUGCCAAGAGAGUCCCAGAAUUCCCCAACUUCGGCUUCGAAGUCUCCCGUCCCUGAUGUUGCUAGCCCCACUGAUUGUAUGGUAUCUGGAUCGGCAAACAUGGCCAUGGCCGACUCUGAUGGCUCAGGCUCAAGUAAUGCCAGUCCAUUACUGUUACCACACUUCGAUCAUGAGAUUCCAGAUCUUUUUCACUCGGGCGUGAGGCCUCGUCCCCAUUAUGACUGGUAUGAGCAGUAUCACACUGUCGGGUUUGAGUGCGCCAAGGUCCAUGGCUGUACUCACAACCCUGGGAGACACUGCCACAGGUGUCAUGCAGCAUGGCAAAGAGCCUGGUCUCAGUAUUUCAAGGCAGAUGAGCUUUUGAACGAAGCAGCGGCGAACCCGGAAAGGUAUUUAGAAGAGAUGGGUUUUGACAUGCGUCAGGGUUAUAUGGGAGUGUUGAUGCAGGGCUCUGGUUGGGAGGUGCUGGCACCUGAACUACAACCUCCUGCUGGCGGGAGUCUUCGACUUCAUCCCACACGCAUUGCCAAGCACAGGCUGGCCCUUGCUCAAAUGGCUUUAGUGGAACAGUAA